AUGGCCUGGAGUUGCUUUGUGGCUCUGCUUCUGCUGGUGGCGUCUCCCCUGAGACUGGGUCAGCAUCUGAACCCCAAGCCUAGUCUUGGAUACAGCUAUGACUGUGGGGUGCAGGGCAUGCAGCUGCUGGUGUUCCCCAGGUCAAACCAGACUAUCCACUUCAAGGUUCUGGAUGAAUUUGGGAACCGUUUUGAGGUGAAUAACUGCUCUAUCUGCUACCACUGGGUCACCUCUGAGCCCCAAGAGCCUGCAGUACUCUCCGCUGAUUACAGAGGCUGCCACGUGCUUGAGAAUGAUGGGCGGUUCCGCUUGAGGGUGUUCGUGCAAGCCAUACUACCCAGUGGCCGUGUGGAUACAGCACAAGAUGUCACUCUGAUCUGUCCCAAACCAGACACCUUGACUCCGGACCCCUACCUGGCUCCACCCAUCACCCCCAAGCCGUCCACACCCCAGCCUUCUGCCCUCCACCUCAUCUCUAACCACACCUUGGCUGCAUCUGACCACACUCCCAGUACAUUGUACCCAGAGCACAGUUUCAUCCAUUCAACUCCUGCUCCACCAGCCCCAGGAUCUGGAUCUGCUGGAGCCAUCACGCCUCAUCCCCAGUGGGGCAUCUUGGGGCCCUGGGGAUCUGUAGGUGCCCAUCUGCCCCAGGAGCGGUGUCAGGUAGCCUCUGAGCGCAUUCCCUGCAUGGUGAAAGGUAGUUCCAAGGAAGCCUGUCAGCAGGCUGGCUGCUGUUAUGACAACACCAGAGAAGUGUCCUGUUACUAUGGCAACACAGCCACUCUCCAGUGUUUCAGAAGUGGCUAUUUCACCCUGGUCAUGUCGCAAGAAACAGCCCGGACACACAUGGUCACACUGGACAAUGUCUACCUGGCCUAUGCCCCCAAUGGAUGCCCCCCUACCCAGAAGACAAGUGCUUUUGUGGUCUUCCAUGUCCCUUUUACCCUCUGUGGAACAGCAAUCCAGGUGGUUGGUGAGCAGCUCAUCUAUGAGAACCAGCUGGUGUCUGACAUUGAUGUCCAAAAGGGGCCACGGGGUUCCAUCACUCGGGACAGUGUCUUCCGGCUUAAUGUUCGCUGUAUCUUCAAUGCUAGCGACUUCCUGCCCAUCCAGGCAUCUAUCUUCUCACCCCCACCACCUGCCCCUGUGACCCAGUCUGGACCCCUGCGGCUGGAGCUGAGGAUUGCCAAGGAUGAGACUUUCAGCUCCUACUAUCAGGAGAGUGACUAUCCUCUUGUGAGACUGCUCCAGGAACCAGUCCAUGUAGAGGUCCGGCUCAUGCAGAGAACUGACCCCAGUCUGGCCCUGGUACUACACCAGUGCUGGGCCACUCCUACUGCCAGCGCCUUCCAGCAUCCACAAUGGUCCAUUCUGUCAGAUGGGUGUCCCUUCAAGGGUGACAACUACAGAACACAAUUGAUAGCUACAGACAGGGCGGAGCUACCCUUCUGGUCCCACUACCAGCGCUUCACCGUUGCCACCUUCACUCUCCUGGACUCCAGCUCCCAGAAUGCCCUUACGGGACAGGUUUAUUUCUUCUGUAGUGCUUCUGCCUGCCACCCUGCAGGGCCUGAGGCGUGCUCUACUACAUGUGACUCUGGGAAGGCAAGGCGUCGACGAUCCUCUGGUCACAACAGCACUAUCCGGGCCCUGGACAUUGUGAGCUCUCCAGGGGCAGUGGACUUUGAGGAUGCUGCUAAACUUGAGCCUUCAGGCUCCAGCCCCAACUCCAGCUCAAGACUCCUGCUCUGGUUGCUCCUCCUGCUACUGGCCAUCACUCUGGUCCUGGGGGCUGGUGUGUUUGUGGGUUUGAGCUGGGCAUGGGCCCAGAAGCUCUGGGAAGGCACAAGAUGUUAA